UUCUAAUUACUUUGAGUCUUUUAUUACUGCUUGGUAUGUCAUUACAAUGUAUUAUCUCAAUAAGAUGUGUUAAGGUGUUGAGUAAUAAGACAGGUGCCGAGACUGCAAGAGUAACUAAUGCUGCAUCAAGAACACCAUCAAACAUCACGAAAAAGGAAUUCAUUUAUUUGACGCAAACUGAAUCCUGUUUGCCACCGUACCUUGCAGGGCCGGAACUACUCGGAAACGCAUCAGCUUGUCGUUGUGAUGUUAUCGUUCUUAGUUUCAAAAAGAAAUGCAAGGAAACGACCAACAUUCAUGUCYAGUACAUAUACGCACCAAAUACCACAUGGGCAUCGGGAAGAAAUCUUCUCUAUCGACAUUCAAGAGCAAGAAAGUUUGAUUAUCGUUAUUAUAUAUUUGCUGAUGAUGAUAUCAGACUCGAGUAUAACUCUUUUGCAAACAAGCCUAUGACAAAACAACCAGAGCUGCGUACGUUUGAGAACUUUCUUCUUGAAAUAGAGCCAGCGGUAGGGUUUGUUGACUACGUAAUACAUAAUCCUGCUAGCUUGAUAAGAGCAAUGCGCCAACAUUGCCAUAACAAACCAGACCUGUCAUUACUCCCAUUGGUCCAUUUUGAUCCCAUUCUGAAUGGCUUCCACCGAGAUGCCAUCUCUCACCUCCUGCCUUAUUCAGAGGAAUUCGACAGUACUUGUUGGUGGCAUUCACAUCGAUUAGUUUCCAUUGGUAUUGAGGCUAAGUUCAGAGGACAAGCUGUUAUGUAUCCUGGGAUAACGGUACAGAACCUAUCACACCGAAAAUACCCAACGAACACCACUGGCGAGUUAAAAGUCAUGACAGAUGCCAUCGAGAGGGAGAAAACACGCGUACCCCAGCAAUAUCGAUAUCAUUUUACAUUAUUUGUUUACAGCUUGCAAACAUAUUAUUAUUCUUUGGGUUUUUCACCAACUACUUGCAUGGACAUUGUUCCUCAUCGUCCCAUUGUACCUUAUGCUCACUUUCAAGAAUUCCCAAUGCGCAAUUAUAACACUCUGGAAAAGUUUUUCAACGCAACGGCUGUCAUUCCAGUUAUAUUCAAGUUCAUUAGAGGCGGUUAAAAAAUGAUUAACUUUUUACGUUUCUAAUCCUCAAUGGUACUCAGUGCAUGGCUUUCAGUUUUUUGUACUACUUGUAUGAAUAUAGUUAUUCUUGGACCUCUUGUGGCGUCCCCCAAGGCUCCGUCCUUGGUCCUAUCUUCUUUUGCCUUCAUGCAUGCCCACUUGUACGAAUAUAGUUCUUCAUGGACCUAUCAAACCUCAYGCUCGCUUCGAAGAAUUUCCAUUACGUAAUUCCAAAUCUUUAGAAAAUAUAUUCGAGAGUGCUCUACGAACUGAUGGGAUAGGAAUGCUAUUGCAUUUAAAAUAUAAACAAUAGAGAUUUU